AUGCAGAAUUACCUCCUCCUGAAACACGGAGGGGGAUACAUCUUAGGUCUUGUCACCUGUCCCGACCCAUCCCUGGAUCCAUCCAGUGCAGGUCACUGGGAUCUCAACAACCUAUGCAUUGUGGCCGCCAUGCGUACACGUUCUAGCUUUGAGGAAAACGAGUUCCUACGUGGCUUUACGAACACUUACCUCGCUUGGGACGCUCUCAAGUCCUGUCAUGAAAAGGUCGGGCCCAUCGCCCAAAUCUUACUCAUUCAACAAGCUCUGGCAGUCAAGUAUAUUCGUUCAGAACGACUCUCUACUACUAGUACUACCCUUCACGACCUCGUUUGUCGCAUCUAUGCGAUUGGUGUCCCCAAAGAAGACAACUUCCUCACGAUCAUGAUGCUUAAUGCCAUGGCCGAGGACCUUCCUCACGUCCGCAAUCACAUCGCCGACGCCCUUGCCACCAGCAUGUCCAGCAACCCGUACGGACCAUCCAAUAUCCGUUCCCGCCUUGACGUCGAGCAACAGUUG